AUGGGCAAACACAGAAGCCAAAAACGCCAAAAGCAAUCAUCCAAGGCACAUACCAAGUCAAAGCAAUCUGAUCCAUUUCAGAAGACGCCAAGCAGGAAACCCGAAAACAGCGAGCUAAAACAACCCCCCACCAUCCCCUUCUCGCCUGAUCAUCGCAUCCUCCUCAUCGGCGAAGGCGACUUCUCUUUUUCUCGCGCCCUCAUCGAUCAUCACAGCUGCACGUGUCUGUGCGCCACGAGUUUCGACUCGCAAUCAUCCAGCCUUUCCAAGUACCCUCAAGUGGCUGCCACCAUCACCACUAUAGCAAAAGCUGAGAAUUGCAAAGUUGAAUACAACAUUGACGCCACGAAGCUUGGCCACCCUGGGCAUAUUGGCAGCGGAAGCAAGAUCCUACGCAGAGGCAAUUGGGACCGCAUUGUUUUCAACUUUCCGCACGUCGGUGGGUUGACCAAGGACGUGAAUCGGCAGGUCAGAGCCAACCAGGAGCUCGUUGUGGGCUUCUUUAGGGCUGCGCUACCGCUGCUUGCACAUGAUGGUCAAAUCAUCUUGACAAUCUUUGAAGGCGAACCCUAUGAGCUUUGGAGUGUGAGGGAUUUGGCAAGACAUGUGGGGUUAAAGGUGCAGAGGAGUUUUAGAUUUCAAGCCGGAGCUUAUCCUGGAUAUAAGCAUGCGAGAACUUUGGGGAAUAUUGAGGGUAGUGGCGGAUGGAAGGGAGAAGACAGACCAGCGAGGACGUAUGUCUUUGAGUCGCAUGAGGGACAAGAUCGCGCACCUCCGUCUGCGAAACGAAAACGAGAUGAAAGUGAUUCGGAUAGUGACCAAUGA